AUGGAUUCCAAGGACGUCACCACCGUCCACGACGAGCUUCAGCUCGACGAGAAGGCCAAUGUCGCCGCCGUCAAGGAAAUCACCGGCAACGAGGCCUACAACGAAGCCCUCAUCAAGGAGCCGCCGCGCCCCUUCAGCGGCCCCAGCAUCGUCCUCUACUGCUGCUGCCUGGUCGGCUUCUGCUGUUCCACCAUGAACGGCUACGACGGCUCGCUGCUGAACGGCCUGCUCGCCAGCGAUGACUUCAAGGCCUUCUUCGGCGGCAGUGAGGACGGCAUCUGGGCCGGCAUCGUCACUGCCAUGUACCAGAUCGGCUCCGUUGUCGCUCUGCCCUUCGUCGGCCCGGCCAUCGACAGCUUCGGCCGCAAGGGCGGCAUGCUCAUCGGCGCCCUGCUGAUCGUCCUGGGCACCAUCAUCAACGCCACUACCUACUACACCGCCAGCAUCGGCCAGUUCGAGGCCGGUCGCUUCAUCCUCGGCUUUGGAGUCUCCAUUGCCACCGCCGCCGGUCCCAUGUUCGUCGUCGAAGUCACCCACCCGGCCUACCGCGGAGUUGUCACCGCCCUGUACAACACCUUCUGGUUCACUGGUUCCAUUCUCGCCGCCGGUGCUGUGCGCGGCUCACUGGACAGCUCUGCCGCACACGCCUGGGUCAUCCCCGUCUGGCUUCAGCUCCUCUUCUCCGGCAUCAUCGUCCUCUUCGUGUGGUUCCUGCCCGAGUCGCCCCGUUGGUUGUACGUCCACGGCAAGCGCGACGAGUGCCGCCGCGUCCUCGCCAAGUACCAUGGCAACGGCAACACUGACAGCAUCUGGGUCUCGAUGCAGUUGCGCGAGUACGAGGAGUACCUUGAGAUGGACGGCUCCGACAAGAGGUGGUGGGACUACAGCGCUUUGUUCAAGACCCGUGCGGCCCGGUACCGCAUCUCUUGCAACAUUGCCAUCUCCGUCUUUGGCCAGUGGGCUGGUAACGCCGUCUUGUCCUAUUACAUGGCCUCCCUCCUGAGCUCUGCUGGCUACGACACCCAGAUCAGCAAGGCCAACAUCAACCUGUUCUACUCCUGCGAGCAGUUCCUCAUCGCCGUCUGCGGUGCCUUGUUCGUCGACAAGCUCGGCCGUCGUCCGCUCCUCCUCUUCUCCAUGAUCGGUUGCUCCGUCGUCUGGAUCGGCAUGACCGUCGCCACUUCAGUGUAUGACGCGCAUAAGAUCCUCGAUGCCGACGGAAACGCCCUUCCGGCAACCGGUAUUGCCGCCAACGCGUCCAAGGCCGCCACCGCCAUGAUCUUCUUGUUCGGCGCCGUCUUCUCUUUCGGUAUCACCCCGCUACAGGCUCUCUACCCCGUCGAAGUCCUCAGCUUUGAGAUGCGAGCCAAGGGCAUGGCCUUCUCCAGUUUCUCUCUCAACGCCGCCAUGCUUCUCAACCAGUUCGCCUGGCCCGUGUCAAUGGAGCGCAUCGGCUGGUACACGUACAUCAUCUUCGUCGUCUGGGAUGCCAUCCAGGCCGUCAUCAUCUAUUUCUUCAUCCCCGAGACCAAGAACCGCACCCUCGAGGAGCUCGACGACAUCUUCCACGCCAAGAACCCGACCAAGGCCAGCCUACAGAAGCGCAAGGUCGCUCUCGACCAUCACUCCAACGUCGUCAAGGUCGUGCCGGUCGAUAGCGACAGUGCGUAG